AUGGUAUUCUAUCGAUUGAGUUCAAGCGUAGUUGUACUUGCUGAUUUCCAACAACAGGCUCUUCUUCAACACAAUUAUUUUCGUCAACUUCAUUGUACUGCUGCAAUGGCGCUCAAUUCAACAAUAAAUACCAUUGCUCAAAAUUAUGCUAAUUAUUUAGCGACGAACAAUCUUUUUGUGCAUAGUGGAGUUUCAGGAUUAGGUGAAAACCUUUGGUCUAUGUCAUCUUCAGUUGCUAUAACCUUUAUCAAUGGUUCGUCACCAACUAACAGUUGGUACAAUGAGAUCUCCUUGUACAAUUAUGGUUCGCCCGGUUUUUCAUCAUCAACCGGGCAUUUUACACAAGUUAUAUGGAAAGAAUCAAUACAAUUAGGCAUUGGUAUUGCAUUUACUAGCGAUAAUAAAAUUGCUAAGGUUGUGGCAAACUAUUAUCCUGCAGGAAAUAAAGGUGGUGCAUUUCCUUCUAAUGUACUGCCACUUUGCUCGACAUCUUCAUCAAAUAAUUCAGCAAUGAUUGGAAUACAAUCAAAUAAUUGCUUAUUGGGAACGAUUUCUGUCGUCAGUUUAUUAUUUAACCUGUUGUCAUAA